AUUUAUGAUAAGGUUAUUAAGUAUCUAUAUAAAAGCGAAAUACUAUAAUUUACUCUAAGUCAGUCUUAAAUAAAAUAAUGUAUUUACUGCAAUACUUUCAGCUUCUCAUUUUGCUUUUAGCGAAAAGUUCCUUGGGUGACAAAAAAAUCCCAGAAAAUUUCUUAUUGGGGUCCGCUACAGCUUCUUAUCAAAUUGAAGGAGCUUGGAAUGAAGAUGGAAAAGGAGAGAGUAUGUGGGAUUGGUUUAUGCAUAGCCGAAAUAGCACAAAAAAUGGUGACGUAGCUUGUGAUUCUUACCAUAAAUGGAAAGAAGACAUUGAAAACGUCAAAGCUUUGGGGCUCGACUUUUAUAGAAUUUCCAUUUCUUGGCCAAGGAUUUUACCUAAUGGAACUCUAAGCUCGAUUAACCAAAAGGGAAUUGACUAUUAUAUGAAUAUUUUUAAGGCCCUCAAAGAAGCAAACAUUGAACCAAUGGUCACAUUAUACCACUGGGACAUGCCAGAACACAUCCAUCAACUCGGUGGUUUCCUUAAUCCGCAAUUUGUUGAUUAUUUUGAAGAUUAUGCCAGACUGAUGUAUAAGCUAUUUGCUCCUUAUGUAAAAUAUUGGUUCACUAUAAAUGAACCAACACUAAUAUGUACAUAUGGAUAUGGAUAUGGAAUUAUGGCACCCGGAUUGACUCUUAUUGGAGAUGGAAUCUACCAGUGUGGAUAUGUUCUUUUGAAAGCUCAUGCCAAGGCUUAUAGGGUGUAUGAUGAAGAGUUUAGAGCUAAAUACCAAGGGCAAGUAGGUUUGGUCUUCAGCUUUGACUGGGUAGAACCAUAUACCAAUAGCACUUUUGACAUAGAAGCUCAACAGAGGUAUCUUGAAUUCCAGCUUGGUUGGUGGGCAAAUCCAGUUUUUAUAGGCAACUGGCCUCAAAUAAUGAUCGAGCGAAUCGCCAACAGAAGCAAAUUGGAAGGUUUGGCAAGGUCCAGAUUGCCAGAGUUUUCACAGCAAGAAAUUGAUUAUAUUAAGGGCACUUAUGAUUUCUUUGCUUUAAAUACAUAUAAUGUUGGGCAAGUUCGCUUUUUGGACGAACCUGACAUAGGAACGCCUUCUUAUUUGGCAGAUCAAAGCGUCACGAGUGUAUUAGAUGAUAAUUUUUAUCACCCGGAAGGCAUUAGGAUGCUUAUGAACUACAUUUGGACUAAGUACAAUCCAAAAGGUAUUUUAAUAACAGAAAAUGGAAAAAGAACCACAGACAAGCUACAAGAUACUGAAAGAAUUAGUCUUAUAAGGGAUUAUUUGAGUCAAAUAAUAGAUGCUAAGACAGAAGAUGGGAUCAACAUAUUGGGAUAUUCUGUAUGGUCCCUUAUGGAUAAUUUUGAAUGGGGAAGCUAUAAGGACAAAUAUGGUAUAAUAAGGGUAGAUUUUGAUAGCCCCGAUAGGACAAGAACUUGGAAAGAUUCCGCACAUUGGUUUAAAAAUCUUACCACAAAUCGAGUUUUGGAUGUUUAAAUAUUCGUAUGUUUAAAUGUUUUAAUAUUUUAGGAAUAAUAAGUAAUAAGGAAAACUUUUAAAUAUUAUUUUUUAAA